CGUAGUUGAAGAGCCCAAUACGUUAAUACUAUUUCCGAAUAUGGUGACACGCGUUUUACUUUUGGUUCUAGUAGUUGGUCUGUUCAGAAAUGUACGUGGAGAAUGCUCACCAAGAGAUUAUACAUGCGACGAUGGUGGCUGUGUAAGAGGCUACUUCAGAUGUGAUGGUAUUCAAAAUUGUAACGACAAUUCGGAUGAAACUGACUGCGGACAGAAAUGUUAUGAAUGCACCUACCAAUACGACGAAGAUUACCCCGAUUACUUUGGUUGCCCCAGUUACUCCCGUCCUAAUUAUUGCUACAGAGAUGAAAUCUGCUCCACUGUAUACACCAAGACAGCAAGUGGUACAACUAUCGAACAAGGUUGCAUGAUAAGCACGGUCUGCAACACGGCAACUGGAAAUAACGACGCCAGCUGUGCCGAAGGUAAUCCCAUUGCUGGUGAUGAUGGGACAACUUGUACAUUCUGUUGUGAUGAUGAGUACUGCAAUAAUGAAUAAGUUCUGUGCAAUCGUUGUAUUUCACAUCUUGAGUUAUGUAUUUUUUGUUGGCGACAGUUAAAUAAACCUAUAUGCCAUACA